GUUUUAUUUUAUGAAUCAACAACAGGAAGAAGCUGAAAUAUUUGAGAUUCCAACAUCUAAGCAAAAUACUGAAUAAACUAAGAGAAACUCUGAUUAAAUUGUCCGAUCUUUAUCAUCAACCAUUUUUGCUAUCAUAUACAAUUUAGGUUGGGGUUUACUCUUUUUAAUCUUUCGUCAUUAUAGUAAUUGUUAAUUUGUUUUAAAUAAGAGAUGAUUAAUCAUGUGAUAAUAUUGAUACUUGGUCAUUAUAUACUGAAAUAUUGCUAUUUUUGAUGGCUGGAUAUAAAUUGUAAGAAUUCAUUUAUUUUUAAAGGAUAAUUGAAUUACCAAUUCAAUAUAAAACAAAUGGAUCUUGGAAAAUUAAAUUAUUUGACAUAGUUGAUUAAGUGGAAUUAUUUCUUAACAUUGUAAUUUUAAUUGGAUUGACAGUAUUUUACACAUUUACAUAUUUUUAGUAUGCCUAUUUAUAACAUGAGGAAUGCUUAAAUCUAAGAAUGUUCAUUUUAAGCUAUUUGAUUAUAACCUACUUCAUAAUAUUUAUAUGGGUUUUAACAAUGAUUUUUUUAUUUUGCAAUAAAGAUGAAAUAUCAAGAAGUUCAUGA